UCCGGGAGUUCUCGGAAAUCGGUUUUCUCUGUGACAGAAGGCGGGGUUCUUCUCCCCGCACAACGCGAAGUCUCCGUGGGUGUAGACCGGAAUCCUACUGGCUGGCAGAGUGGGUUAGGGCAGCUCCGGUGGGGAAUGGUGGCUGCAGGUCUGAGACAAGUGUGCCCCGAGGCUGCGGCUGUCUAGCUGGGGGGAGGCCAUUCAUCCCUUGUGUGCUGCAAAGAGCGAGUGCUCUUUGAAAGUCCGUGCUGGGUCCUAAAGGGUGGCCGUUCUGCGCUUACCCUGGACUGCUGCCUGCCUUCUCAGAGCGAAGGGCGUCCCCUCUCUUCCACUCUGCAGCCGAGGUGACCGCUGCUAUGUCUUUUCCCCAUCGGCCGGAUGCCCCUGAGCUGCCUGACUUCUCCAUGCUCAAGAGGUUGGCUAGAGACCAGCUUAUCUAUCUGCUGGAGCAGCUUCCUGGAAAAAAGGACUUGUUCAUUGAGGCAGAUCUGAUGAGCCCUUUGGAUCGAAUUGCCAAUGUCUCCAUUCUGAAGCAACACGAAGUGGACAAGCUGUACAAGGUGGAAAACAAGCCAGCCCUCAGCUCUAAUGAACAACCCCGCAUCAGAAAUAUGCGCUACAUUGCCAAUCUUGUCAAUGCUGACAAAUCGGCUGGCCGAACUCGAAAAUACAAAGUGAUCUUCAGCCCUCAGAAGUUCUAUGCAUGCGAGAUGGUACUUGAAGAAGAGGGAAUCUAUGGAGAUGUGAGCUGUGAUGAAUGGGCCUUCUCCUUGCUGCCUCUUGAUGUGGAUCUGCUGAGCAUGGAGCUACCAGAAUUUUUCAGAGACUACUUUCUGGAAGGAGAUCAGCGUUGGAUCAACACUGUGGCACAGGCCUUGCACCUUCUCAGCACUCUCUAUGGAUCCUUUCCUAACUGCUAUGGAAUUGGUAGAUGUGCCAAGAUGUCAUAUGAAUUGUGGAAGAAACUGGAGGAGGAGGAAGAUGGUGAAACCAAGGGCCGAAGACCAGAAAUUGGACAUAUCUUUCUCCUAGAUAGAGAUGUGGACUUUGUGACAGCACUUUGCUCCCAAGUGGUUUAUGAGGGCCUGGUAGAUGACACCUUCCGCAUCAAGUGUGGGAGUGUUGACUUUGGCCCAGAAGUCACAUCCUCUGAGAAGAGCCUGAAGGUGCUACUCAACGCUGAGGACAAGGUGUUUAAUGAGAUUCGUAAUGAGCACUUCUCCAAUGUCUUUGGCUUCUUGAGCCAGAAGGCCCGGAACUUGCAGGCCCAGUACGAUCGCCGGAGAGGCAUGGACAUCAAGCAGAUGAAGAACUUCGUGUCUCAGGAGCUCAAGGGACUGAAACAGGAGCACCGCUUGCUGAGUCUCCAUAUUGGGGCCUGUGAAUCAAUCAUGAAGAAGAAGACCAAACAGGAUUUCCAGGAGCUAAUCAAAACCGAGCAUGCACUGCUAGAGGGGUUCAACAUUCGGGAGAGCACCAGCUACAUUGAAGAGCACAUAGACCGGCAGGUGUCACCUAUAGAAAGUCUUCGCCUCAUGUGCCUUUUGUCCAUCACUGAGAAUGGAUUGAUCCCCAAGGAUUACCGAUCUCUAAAAACACAAUAUUUGCAGAGCUAUGGCCCUGAGCAUCUGCUAACCUUCUCCAAUCUGCGGCGAGCUGGGCUCCUAACAGAGCAGGCCCCAGGGGAUACACUCACUGCAGUGGAGAAUAAAGUGAGCAAGCUGGUAACAGACAAGGCUGUAGGAAAGAUUACUGAUGCCUUCAGUUCCCUGGCCAAGAGGAGCAAUUUUCGUGCUAUCAGCAAAAAGCUGAAUCUGAUCCCACGUGUAGAUGGUGAGUAUGACCUAAAAGUGCCACGGGACAUGGCUUAUGUCUUCAGUGGUGCUUAUGUGCCUCUUGGCUGCCGAAUCAUUGAGCAGGUGCUGGAGCGAAGAAGCUGGCAAGGCCUUGAUGAAGUGGUGCGGCUGCUCAACUGCAGUGAGUUUGCAUUCACAGAUAUGAACAAGGAAGACAAGUCUUCCAGCGAGUCCCUGCGCCUCAUCUUGGUAGUAUUCUUGGGCGGUUGUACAUUCUCUGAGAUCUCAGCCCUCCGGUUCCUAGGCAGAGAGAAAGGGUACAGGUUCAUUUUUCUGACGACAGCAGUCACCAACAGUGCUCGCCUUAUGGAGGCCAUGAGUGAGGUGAAAGCCUGAAGUUUUCCUAACCAAAGUUGAAGCCUUCUUCCAACACUGGGGUGCAAAGAGUUCAGCAUCCAGCUGCUAACAAAGUCUCCACCAACUACCAUGCUAAAAGCUGGGGAGCCUGGAACUUAUUUGGGGUUUAGAGAGCAUAUCUGAGAAGAUUGUUUACUUCCCACACCCAAGAUAUUUCUCAUUUUUAUUUUUGUUUUUAUGAAGUACAGCCCAUGCUGAUAAGACAUGAGGGGAAAAAGAGGUAGCAUUUGCUAAAUCUUGUUUGAAUGUCAUUGUAAAUAAAGCUUAUACUCUCACGUG